ACACCCCUCCCACGCCCUGGUAGCCAAUCUCCUCGGGUGUCAGAGCCCGGCUGCUGGUCAUGAGGAAAUAGAAAUCACCUGACUUUACUUUCGUUUCCCUAGGUGGAAAUCUUGGACGCUGGCAGAGCGAGCUGUGGGGCGGUUCUCCAGCGGAGUUUGGCUUUAGCCCCAGCCCAGGAGGAGGGGAGAUCGGUCAACUGGAGCUCGGCCUGUCACCCCCUGUGUUAUGGGAAAUGCAAAUAAUAAAGGGCCAAUCCCACCCCCCUCCUCAAAGCCAACUCCAGAGGGGAUGGUGAAGCGACUCCAGGAGGACAUCACCUGCUCCAUCUGCCUGGACAUCUUGGAGGACCCCGUCUCCAUCGAGUGCGGCCACAACUUCUGCCGGGGCUGCCUCUCCACUCACUGGAGCGGGGUCUCGGCCUGGGGGUCCCAGUGCCCCGAGUGCCGAGCUCCCUGCUCCAGGGACAGGAUGACCCCAGACACACGUGUCAAAAGCCUGGUGGAGAAAAUCAGAGACCUGCCACGUGAAGAAACGCUGACAGCAACGGGGACAGCGAGCCCUGAGCAGGGGCCGGGGGCUCAGCCAGAGCAGGGGCGCCCGGUGCAGCUGGUGCGUCUGGACGAGGAAGGGGGCCUGAUCCUGGACGAGGAGGUCCUGAGCCGCUGCCUGGAGCAGGGUGGAGUGGGGGACGCCCCCGUCUGCCUGGUGUCCAUCAUUGGGGAGCAGCGCCGGGGCAAAUCCUUCCUGCUGAACUACCUGCUGCGCCGGCUCCGGAGCCUGGAUGUGAAGGACGGAUCCUGGAUGGGCCGGGAGGAGGAGCCCCUGGAGGGGUUUGAGUGGCGAGUUGGUGCCCACAGCGUCACCAAGGGGGUGUGGGCUUGGAGUCAGCCCUUCUGGGUCCCCACCGAGUGGGGGCAGGUGGCCGUGCUGCUGGUCGACACCGAGGGCUCCAUGGACAUUGUCAGAGACACAGAGACCAGCAUCAAACUCUCCGCCCUCUCCAUUCUGCUUGGCUCCUACCAGAUCCUGAAUGUUUCCAGCCAGAUAAAGGACCCUGAUCUAGCAUAUCUGGAGAUGUUUCUGCACGUGGCCGAAGAGGUGGGAAAGGAAUACGGGCUGGAGUCCAUUCAGCACCUAGACCUGCUGGUGCGGGAUUGGAGCAACUCCACGGUCCUUGGAACUGACGGUGGGAAGGAGCAUCUGAGAGACGUCCGACAGAUGCUGGCGGCGACGUCCCCUUGCAAACACCCCAAGGCCCUGGAAGCACUGAGCAGAAGCAGCAGCCGCUGUUACCUGAUGCCCUUCCCCGGCAAGCGGAUCAUGACUGGGGACCAGGGAAGCCUGAGAGACAUGGAUGAGGAUUUCCGGGACAGCCUGAGGGACUAUGUCACCACCCUGGUGGGCUCGGCCGGUCAACACGCGUGGAGAGACCGGCAUGGGGCGCUGCUGACUGGGACACAGCUCACUGCUCGGAUAACGAAAUUCUCUGAUCUGAUGAAGAAACAUCACUGUGGCUUCUCCUCUCCCGCUCAGAUGGCCAUCACCUUCCACAACCAGAGAGUCAUGGACAGGGCCAGCGCAGACCACGCUCUCUUUCUGAAGGAGAAGGACGGCGACUCCCAGAACCCAAUCACCUGCCUGAAGGUGCGGCCGAGCAAGAUGGCGAAGUUGUUGGCGGAGCGGCGCGGGCAGUUGCUGUGGCGGUGCUGGACGGACAUGCCGGAGCCGGCGCCGGAGACAGAGGCCCGGCUGACGGAGCUUGAGGAGGACCUGAGGCGGGAGGCUGAGACCUUCCUGGAGAUCUACGGGAAGCGCUUCAAGAAAUUCGCUAUUUGGGCAGGUGCGGGCACGGGGGCGCUGGUCCUGGGACCAGUGGGCGGAGCUGCCGGUGCCGGGAUCGCCGGUGCUGUCCUCGCUGCCGAGGCGGCUGGGGCGCUUGCCGUGGCCGAGGUGCUGGCCAUUGGGGUUGGGGCAGGUACUGCAGCCGGGAUCUGCGUGGGUGGGGGCGUGGGCGGGGGUGUGGGGGGGAACAUCGCCCAGAAGGAUCAGCAGAGGGCUGAGGCUGCUGGCGACGGAACUGAUGAUCCAUCCGAUGACAAACCGCUGAUCUGA